AUGAGUCUUCAGAUGAUGAAGGCGAUACUAUUUGUUUCUUCUCUAAUCUGCGUCAAUGCAGCAUUUCCUCCAUGUGAUGCUGGACGGAAAUGUCCACCAGGUGGAAUUUGGGGUGAAUGGGCUACCGAAGGAAAUGGUGUAUGUAAGCUAGAAUGUGGAAGUUGUGCAGAAUUGUUUCAGACAAGAACAUGUCUCAGUUCAGAAAUUCCGGAGUGUAUUUGCACAGGAAUUUCAUCCAGAUUCAUUCCCUGUAAUAUGCAAACUUGUCAAUACCCAAUUCAAAAAUCUUGUUGUAUCCCCUACGUUCCAAUGGUAAUCAAUGGAACUAUGAUGUGUGGUCCAGUUCCUAAAACUAUUAAGGAACCGGCUGUGAGCUGUUGUCCAGUUGGAGGACUUUGGUCCGAUUAUUCUACUGGAUAUCAGAGAAUAAAUAACCAAUGGGUCAGAACGAGAAGAUGCCUUUCUGAGUCUGUCGGAUGUCCAUGCAUUGGGGAUCCAACUACUGGGUCUUCUAAUUGUCCCUGCGUUCAACCUCCUUCUGCAGCUAGCGCAUGUCCAUCCAUUCCCAAUGGUCGACCGAGCACAAUGAAGAAUUUAGCUAUUCAACACGAAUCCUGUACCGCCACGUUGGAAAUGAUCAACCAUAAUAAUUUUCCGGGGAGUCCUUUUUGCAGUUCCCUUCGUGAAUUGAAUGUAGUGUACCCAUACGUGGCUCUACUGAUAAUGGUUGAAGUGGACGGCGGAUGUACCUACGACUAUGUUUCAGAAUGCAUAAAUGUGAAUAAAAGACAAUCAACUGAAGCUUCAUUCACGUGCAACACUGAGACUCGUAAUUGGAUUUAUGACUACACCGGAAAGGAAAUCAGAUCUUAUGUUCAAGGAGCAUAUAUCACUGUUUACCAUUGA